AUGCCGCACCAGAUGCCUUUGUUUACUUUCGCCAACAGCAGGCAUCUACUGGAUACGUAUUCUUCUUCAUGGUACAAUCCCUGUGAUGUUGUCCAUUUUAGUGAUGUUUCAGGUUCCACCGAACAAAGGGCCAUGUGGGCAAAGGAUUGCGAGUUUGGGUAUAUGUCAUUGAAAUGGCAGCCUAAUCAGCAGUAUUCGUUUGGCUCGUGUGUGCCUGAGACAAAGGUUGUUGAAAGGAUCUUUGUUGUGUUCUGCACAGAAGUCGGCAAGUCGGGGUCUCCGAGCACCGCCGCCCGCUAG